GCUUGCAAGCCCAGCUUGCAACCGUCCAGUGGUCAAGUCAAACUUUAUAGCCGCGAGUGCCGGUACUCCUCCAUUUCAAUAUUAAGCAGACUGGCUGCCGCUUUUCUUGACCUCCAUGAACGUCCGCGGGCAUUGACAGCUGGUCCCUCCUCUCGCUGCUCUGCUGGCCGGCUGGCUAACCAAUAGUGUAGGUAUUCUCCACGCACAAAAAGCUGCAUUCAUGACGGGCGGGCGUUUGCCAGCUUUCAAAGAUUGCCAACAAGGCAGUAGUGCUUACUGGACGUCUCAAAACAGCUGCAUUUGACUGAAUCGCCGGCACAAAUACUUGGAUACCGAGCACACCCGUACCGGACCAUCUCUUGAUGUAGGCGCACACUGUGGCCUGGACGGUAGUAAUCUCUGCUUUCAAGCUUAGGUUAGAGAGUUUUGCAUUGCGCCAACCGACUGCUCAUGGAUAACUGAUCAGUGGUCUCUCAAUUGGAGUUCGGUGCGGGUUUACCAGCUUGCUAGCUGCCAACUGUCACCGUAUGCCUAGCUCCUACUUAGUUACACUGCUCCUUAUGCUGAAGCGCACAAAAGAGCAGAUGGAUGUGUUCCGCCAAAUCCACCUGACCAUACUCCGUUUCGGCCGCAGCUAAGACAGAGAUCCGUAUAAUAAGAACGCUUCUAGCACAUCCCGAGCCAGCACCUCACUUGCUUGCAAUUGGUAAUCUGAUGCAUACGACGAUCAAUCAGCAGGGCUGAUGAGCUUUGGACUGUUCUGAUUGAGCUCGACUGAAGGAGAGUAGUAUGGGCGGUGCAGCUGUUAGCUGCACCCGACAGUAGCUUCGACAGAAAGUGGCGGUCUUUAUUCGUCCACGUUCAUUGAUCCCUGAUCGAGCUUCGAAAUUAUGGGCAACCCAAAUUUCAGCAAGCCUGCCGAUGCGCUGCCAGAGUAUUUUCCUCAAAAGAUGGUCGACUUAGACGAGGAAGGGGCCACGAUGUCGGACCUAGGUCCAGAAGCAAAUGAGCAUGACGUAAGUUACAGAUUUGUGCCGCACCUUACGGACGCCCUUCCAGAGACGGUUCGGCUAUUGAAGCUAGCGGGGCCUAUAGUUGGGGAGUCUGCCAUUCUCAGCGCCCAGUCUGUUGCGUCCAUGAUCUUUCUCGGAAGAUUGGGUCGUCUGGAGAUGGCCGGGGGCGCGCUCGCGCUGACGUUGGCAAACAUCUGCGGGUUUAGUAUCCUCAUGGGGUUUGGUGCCGGCUUAGACCCCAUCUUGGGCCAGGCGUUCGGUGCGAAACAGUACGCCUCCAUGGGUCGUAUAAUGCAGAGAGGCUGGGCACUUCUGCUUUUGAUAUCCGCGCCCAUCCUUCUCCUCUGGUGGAACGCUGAGGGUUUGCUUAACCAACUGGGCCAACACGCUGAUGUGGCGCAUCAAGCGGGGGUGUUCAUCCGUUACUUGAUACCUACCCUGCUGCUGAUGUGCUUCCGGUGUCCGUUCCGUUUCUACCUCAAGGCACAGGGCCUGACGCUCCCGCUUCUAGUUUCCCACGCCGUUCCAACCGUCUUGCUUUACCUGCCCCUCAACUUUCUGUUCGUCUUCAAGCUUCGUUGGGGCCCUUUCGGGGUAGCGAUGGCCGAUUUUGCGACGGACGUUGUGGCGUUGCUCCUGCUUGCGGCAUAUGUCCGCUUCUCGCGUGUCUGCGAAAAGGCCUGGGACGGCUUUAGCUUCAGAGCCGCCUUCACAGAGUGGGGUCCGAUUGUCAGGCUGGGCUUUCCGUCUAUGCUGUCCACCUGUCUGGAGUGGUGGGCGUUCGAAGUGAUGCUCCUCUUAGCCGGCCUUUUACCAAGGCCCGACCUCUCAGUCUCCACGAUGGCCGUCCUCUUCAACGUCAGCCGCCUCUGUUUCUUCCUGCCGAAAGCCCUGGGAGCAGCCUUGUCAAUCCGGGUCAGCAACGAGUUAGGCGCUAACCGUCCCGCGCGCGCGCGCCUAGCCGCCCACGUGGCAAUGUGCUGGGCGGUCUGGUCCAGCGUCCUAAUCACCUGCGUAUUAUUGGCGACUAGGAACGCCUUCCCGCUAAUCUACGGCAGCGGCAGCGAGUUCGUCGGGUUAGUGGCGUCGGUUACGCCCGUUUUCGUGGUUUGCAACUUCUUCGAUAUGGUGCAGUUGGCAUGGGCGGGCGCGCUGCGCGGCUCCGCGCGGCCGACCAUCAUGGCGAAGGUAAACGCGGCCGCGUAUUACGUCAUAGGGAUCCCCCUCGCGCUGCUUCUGGCGUUCCACUACCGUGGGGGUUUGAGGGGUUUGUGGGCGGGUAUGAGCGCCGCCGUUAUCUUCCAAACGGCUGCAAUGCUUGUGCUGAUAAUGAGGACGGACUGGUCGGGCGAGGCGGAGAAAGCAGAGAAGACCGUGAGAGAAAGCGACCGGUUGGUAGAGCUGGGCAGCAAGCCGAACGAAGCAGAGCCCAGCGAGAGGGAACGGCUCAUUGUGACUGAACUCUGGCAAAGGUUUGAAUUGCUAGCCCAAUUACCCUGAGGUCUGAAUCGUGAGUUCGUACUACGAUUCGCGUACAACCCAGAGCGAUGAGAGCUUCGGCCGUCGCACCGAAAAAUGUAAAAAGAAUUGGGAAGAAAAUGAAAUGCUUGUGACGGACCGAAGACGCCGGGUUGCCCGUGGCAG